ACAAACCGAACAUUCACAGAGUAAAGGAGUCGGUAUUUAGGGCUUCUCAGUUCUCCCUCGUUCGAUCCGAGACUGAUUCAGACUAUUCUCUGGUCUGCGUGAUGCAGAAAUCUCUAUGACUGAGAGGCUUUUCUAUUUCUCCGCUUCGUCAAAUUCAGACUAUUCUCUGGUCUGCGUGGUGCAGAAAUCUCUAUUACGUACAGGUUUUUCCGUUUCUCCGCUCCGUUAAUUUGAAAGAUCUGAAGGAAAUCACGCGAAAACUGGGAACGAUGGUCCGUUUCCAUCAAAUUUGGAUCUGGGUAUUGCUUUGCUGCUUGAUCCUUCCAUCCGGAGAUGGAUUCUAUCUACCUGGUAGUUACCCUCACAAAUACGAAGUUGGCGACGAGUUUUCAGUGAAAGUAAAUUCUCUUACUUCCAUCGAUGCUGAGGUGCCCUUCAGCUAUUACAGUCUACCCUUUUGUAAACCUCUUGAGGGCGUGAAGGACAGCCGAGAAAACCUCGGUGAACUCCUUAUGGGGGAUAGGAUCGAGAAUUCGCCUCUCAGGUUUAAGAUGCAAACCAACGAGACCGAGAUAUUUCUCUGCCAAACUGGUUCCUUAUCAGCCGAUGACUUCAGCUUUUUGACGAAGAGGAUCGAUGAGAUGUAUCAGGUGAAUCUGAUCCUCGACAACCUCCCUGCCAUUCGUUACACGAAGAAAGAUAGUUACCUCAUCCGAUGGACCGGUUACCCCGUCGGUAUCAAGGUUAAGGACGUGUACUACGUGUUCAACCAUUUGAAGUUCACGGUUCUGGUUCACAAGUACGAGGAAAGCAAUAUGGCCCGAGUGAUGGGCACUGGUGACGCUGGUGAGGUGAUCCCUACAGUGGAGAAGUCCGGAUCAAAUGUGCCUGGGUACAUGGUUGUGGGAUUUGAGGUAGUUCCGUGCAGUUUCCAGCACGAUGCGGAAGUGGUAAAGAAACUGAAUAUGUAUGAUAAUUACCCAUCUCCUAUUCGUUGUGAUCCUUCCACUGUGGCAAUGGCAGUUAAGCAAGGUCAGUCAAUGGCCUUCACCUAUGAGGUUAACUUCGUGGAGAGUGAUAUCAAAUGGCCAUCGAGAUGGGAUGCAUAUUUGAAGAUGGAGGGAGCUAAGGUCCACUGGUUCUCGAUUCUCAACUCUCUAAUGGUGAUCACUUUCCUUGCUGGUAUUGUGCUCGUAAUAUUCUUGAGGACUGUUCGUCGAGACCUUACUCGCUACGAGCAGCUUGACAAGGAAGCACAGGCUCAGAUGAACGAGGAGCUGUCUGGGUGGAAGCUUGUUGUGGGAGAUGUCUUCCGGACUCCAAACAAUCCAGCACUCCUUUGUAUAAUGGCAGGUGAUGGUGUUCAGAUCCUGGGAAUGGGAGUUGUGACCAUCUUGUUUGCUGCCCUUGGCUUCAUGUCUCCAGCUUCUCGUGGAGGCCUCCUCACUGGUAUGCUGUUCUUCUACAUGUUCCUUGGAAUUGCGGCGGGUUAUGUAGCCGUGCGGCUUUGGAGGACAAUCAACUGUAAUGAUAACAUGGGAUGGAUUUCAAUUGCAUGGAAGGCUGCCUGCUUCUUCCCUGGUAUCGCCUUACUGAUUCUCACCACUCUGAACUUCCUUUUGUGGGGUAGCCACAGUACUGGGGCAAUUCCAUUUUCCAUUUUUGUUGUUCUGAUUUUGCUCUGGUUCUGCAUCUCUGUGCCUCUUACUCUUGUGGGUGGGUACCUUGGGGCUAAGGCACCUCACAUUGACUUCCCUGUUCGGACCAAUCAGAUCCCUCGUGAAGUUCCAGCUCAAAAAUACCCAUCUUGGUUAUUGGUGCUUGGAGCAGGGACUCUUCCUUUUGGGACCCUCUUCAUUGAGUUCUUCUUCAUACUGUCUAGCAUUUGGAUGGGCCGUGUCUAUUAUGUUUUUGGAUUCUUGUUCAUCGUACUAAUCCUUCUUGUGGUAGUAUGUGCUGAAGUGUCCCUUGUCCUCACUUACAUGCACCUUUGUGUGGAGGACUGGAAGUGGUGGUGGAAAUCCUUCUUUGCGUCUGGUUCAGUUGCCCUGUACAUUUUCUUGUACUCCAUAAACUAUCUCAUUUUCGAUCUCAGGAAUCUGAGCGGACCUGUCUCGGCUACUCUUUACUUGGGUUACUCGCUCUUCAUAGGUGUAGCAAUCAUGCUUGCCACGGGCACAGUUGGGUUCCUUUCUUCCUUCUGGUUUGUGCAUUACCUGUUUUCAUCAGUGAAACUAGAUUGAACUUUCUUACGUCCAGAAAUGUCCUUGAAAUAUUAGUUGAGAUACACUGGAAAAUGGAACGACACAGCUCAUGUACACGUUGAACUUAUUAUCAACCUGUCCUGAAUUUACUCUCUUCUUAAACUUGGUCAAGGUUGUAAUAAUCACAUCCAGUUUUGAUCAAUUCCCUGGUAGUUUGUUGCCACAUGAAGCUGUUCUUUUAACCCAUCUUGGGAGGAGAUGGGCAGUGGCUGUUACUGGUAGUUGUGGGUACCGGCUUUGAUCUCUAUAUUUGGUUACACUGAGGAGAAGGAUUUAUAUAUGAAUUAUUAUGCAGAGAUCCAUGGUCUUGUUGUUUGGGAUUUAGAAUUGUUUAAAUGUUAGUUUAGCAAAUUUCUUUUGACCAUUUAUACUAUGGAGACCAUCAUUAGCUUUGUUGGUA